CUCGAAGAAUUGGAGACCGAUGUGCGAACGCGUAAACGAGGACAAAUUGUUGCACUGGAAGCCAAACUACAAGCCCUGAAUGAGCAGUGUACACAGAGUGAGCAAGAAAAAGAUAUGGCACUAAGACAGGUAUGA